UUGGUGGUUUUUAGCGGUGGGGAUGGUAUUUUAAAGAUUUGGUGAAGGUUGCGGGAUUGGUUGUUUGAGGGAAAGGGGUGUCGGUUAGGGUGGUGCUGGCGUGGGCUAACGUGACUGCGUGUGGGAGGGUCUCAUCAAGCUGAGGUCGGGGACUUGGGCUAGGCCGAUGGCAGGCCUGACGACGGUGUUUGUCGUGGGUUGGGGGCUUGGCCAUAUGGGGUUAGGUUUUUUUAUUUUUUUUAAUUAUAUUUUCAACCAUUAACACAAUGACACGUGUCAACUAACUUACCAAAAAUAAAUAAAUUACAUGCUUAAUAGGUUACCGGUCACAUGAGCCUAUUUUGACCGAAUACAGUCAAAGUUAGAAUUAUUUAAAACGAAUCCGUGAAAGUUGAUAUUCUUUGUAAUAAAUUUUCCUAUAUUUAUUUGUUAAAAAAAAAAUUCCUUAUUACUCGUACUUUAUUUGACGUAUCUAUUCCUUUAAUAACAGUGACGGGUCAUAGGGAUCCAUAGAAUUGCUCUCUCUCAGAUUAGUUGGCGUUCUCCAUUGAAGCGCAGUUGGCGUGAAUCUAGUUCUUGUAUCCCCCAUUGAAGCAACUACUUCUGAGGGAGCAUAACGUAUUCAAAAUGUUACAAAGUCUUCCACAUCAGGUUGUACCAUCGCCGGCUAGGCUUGGCCUGUCGAAUCCGAAUUCACCGGCUCUUCAAAGUCCCAGUGCAACCAAGUCCUCUUCGCAACCCACCCAGUCUAACCAAUCCCAUCAGCAGGUUGUAUUACCAACUCCAAAAACUACCUCAUCCACUCUUCUAUCUCUUCUUCCUCCUCUUCAAAGGGCCCAAGCACUUCUGGUGCAAAUGGCAGCCUUAGCUGCCAAGCUCUUUGAGGUAUCACCUAAUCGUUCUGUUUGGGUUAACUCCUUUCGUAGCUCUCUUCCAACUUUUCUUCCUUCUCAAACCCAUUCUACAACCACUCCCCCAAUCGACGCUUCUACAUCUACUACUAAAGAAAUUAUUGCCCUUUUCACAUCACUUCAAACUCAGUUAUUUGAAGCUGUUGCAGAGCUACAAGAAAUCCUUGAUCUUCAAGACGCUAAACAAAAGUUAAACCAGGAAAUCGAGGCCAAAGAUUCUGCUAUUCUUUCAUUUGCUAAGAAGCUUAAAGAAGCUGAGCGGGUUCUUGACAUUCUGGUUGAUGAUUAUGCUGAUUAUCGCCGUCCAAAAAGAUUAAAAUCAGAAGAUUCAGAUAGUUCUUCCAGCAAUACUACUGUUGCUUCUCAGUUAAAGUUGUCAGAUGUCAUAUCAUAUGCUCACAAAAUCAGCUAUACAACCUUUGCACCACCUGAGUUUGGUGCAGGGGGGCCACUUCGUGGGGCUCUCCCACCUGCUCCGCAGGAGGACCAAAUGCGAGCCUCCCAACUCUAUGCCUUUGUUGAUCUCGAUGUAGGGCUACCUAAAACAGUGGAGGACGAGAAAAAGAUUGAACCCCUCAUCGAGACCCCUGCUUUACCACCUGCCGACCCCAUGGCUGCAAUUAAGGGCCUCAUGCCUCCAAAUAUUACAGUUCCAGCUGGUUGGAAACCUGGUAUGCCUGUGGAACUUCCUACGGAUAUACCAUUACCUCCAGCUGGAUGGAAGCCUGGAGAUCCGAUCAAUUUGCCCCCAUUGGAAUCUCUUCCUAUGGCUGCUAGAGCUGGUCAACAACCACCACUGCCUGCUGCUCCACCUGUGUUUCCGAGGGCACCUGAACCUAUACAAGUGCCGCAUAUUCGGAUUGAUAUUUUGGAUCAAGAUGAUGAUAGUGAUGAGUAUACCAGUGAUGAGGGAAGCUCAGAUGAUGAAGAUUAAGAAGGUAGUGGGAAUAUAUAUUACUGUGUUUGGCACUUUAAAGGCUUGGGAAUAGAUGGGAAGAUUGAUAUUUGGUAGUGGGAUUGAGGAGGCACGUAUUCCUAUCAUUUCAGGAACUGUAGAGUACAGGCUCAGUAUGGUAAGUGAUGCUGAGGUGGUUUCCGGGUUUUUUAGGUUUUGAAGGAACUUCAAAGCCAACUGAGAGGAGAGGUUCACUAAGACUGAGGCAGCCCAGUCCGCUUCCUGCUUGUGUCAAAUUAGUCCGUGCUGCUGCCUACCAGUUCCCAGUGUCCAAGUGGUUGAAGUGACAUGGAUGCUUGCAAUGCUUGUGUCAAAUUAGUCCGUGCUGCUGCCUACCAGUUCCCAGUGUCCAAGUGGUUGAAGUGACAUGGAUGCUUGCAAUUGCUUGCAAUGCUUGCUCAUUUUUAUGUACACUAGGUAAUUCAUUAGGAGAUAAAUUUGCAUCAGUUUCCUACAUUUAUUAGAUUGUAUUUAGAUAAUAGUGUUUUGUUAAAUGGGAAACAUCAUUUGUUUUUUUUUUAAUUAUGUUAGUUUCCUAUUCCAUGUAAUUCGAUCUAGGAUAGUGUUUAGAGUUUUAUUGUUUACUUGGAGUAGUAAAAUUCUAGCCCCCAUAUGAAGAGUGCUUAGUGUCAUUAAUUGUAUAACACAACAUUGGGGAGAGUUUAUAAACACUCUUAGGAUACAAUUUUUUUUUUUAAGGGAUUGUUUAAAGUACUUUGGUGCUGAAUUUAUCUCUUUGAUUUUUUAAGGGACUGUUUAAAGUACUUUGGUGCUGAA